GGUCAUGAGAAAAAAGCUAAGAUGGCGUCUCGUCAAGAAAGAUAGGAUGGCCUGAAGAGAGUAAUGAUGUUGGUCGGAAAAUGAUUGGUAACGACAUAAUUGAUAAAGUUUGAGACUCUCGCUUACUGUUAAACGAACCUCUGCCGUUCAGGUUGUGAACCUGUGUGUUCGACAGAAGGGAUUAUAUGGAGAACUGAGCCUGAAAAACGGUCAACUUUGCUAGCAGCGAUAGCUAGCCAACUGGACCGAACACAGCUGGCCAACGUUAGCUAACCACCAGUCAUCACAACAACAGAGGAAGGAGAGCGGCCACCAGCCCCAUCAUACCCCGGGACAUCGAGGUGUCUUUGGGGCAAUGGAAGGGGAAGAGUUCGUACCCCCUCCGGAGUGUCCAGUAUUUGAGCCAUCAUGGGAGGAGUUUCAGGAUCCCCUGGGCUACAUCGCCAAGAUACGUCCAAUUGCAGAGAAGUCUGGAAUCUGCAAGAUUCGACCUCCGCCAGAUUGGCAACCUCCGUUUUCAGUGGAGCUGGAUAGCUUCCGCUUCACACCCCGCAUCCAGAGGCUUAAUGAGUUGGAGGCAGAGACUAGAGUGAAGCUUAAUUAUUUGGACCGCAUCGCCAGGUUUUGGGAGAUCCAGGCAUCCUCCUUGAAAAUCCCACACAUUGAAAGGCGUAUCCUUGAUCUUUUCAGCCUGUCAAAGAUCGUGACAGAUGAAGGAGGUUUUGAGAUGGUCUGUAAGGAACGACGCUGGGCUCGUGUGGCUCAAAGGCUUGGCUACCCUCCAGGCAAGAACAUUGGUUCUCUGCUGCGUUCGCACUACGAGAGGAUCGUCUACCCCUUUGAAAUGUUCCAGUCUGGUGCCAGCUUGCCGCAUUGCAAGCCAAAACACUAUGAUGGUGAGGAUGUGGAUAAGGAGUACAAGCCCCACUCCAUCCCCCUGCGACAGUCUGUGCAGCCAUCCAAAAUAAGCAGUUAUGGACGCAGAGCAAACCGCUGUCAGCCUGAUCCUGAACCCACAGAGGAAGAUAUAGAGAAGAACCCAGAACUGAAGAAGCUACAGAUAUAUGGCGCAGGACCUAAGAUGAUGGGACUUGGACUGGUGGCAAGGGACAAAGGCAUCAGGAAGAAAGAUGAGCUGCCUCAAACAGUUACAGUCAAGGAGAGUGUGUCUCCUGCUUCUGUUGAUACCUCAGUUAAAGCAGAGGCACUGGAGCCUCAAGAGAAGCGGAGCGACGAGAGUACAUCUAGCCCCCAGCCGCCUCCCUCUAGCAUCACAGUUAAGACAGAAGUGAAGAAGGAAGAACCAGAGGAAGAGGAUGGGAAAGAGAAGGAUCAGAAUGAAGAUGAUACAGAUGGACCUUGUACCAAAAUGACCAUGAGGCUUAGACGCAACAUCAGCAACCCGCAGUGUGUGGAUUCUUUUGUGUGUCGGAUGUGUGGUCGGGGAGAUGAUGACGAGAAACUUUUGCUGUGUGAUGGCUGCGAUGAUAACUACCACACCUACUGUCUACUACCGCCUCUCUCUGAUGCUCCCAAAGGCAACUGGCGAUGCCCUAAAUGUGUGGCAGAGGAGUGCAAGAAACCUGCAGAAGCAUUUGGCUUUGAACAGGCUACACGAGAGUAUAAUCUGCAGAGUUUUGGUGAAAUGGCGGAUUCCUUUAAAGCAGAUUACUUCAAUAUGCCUGUCCAUAUGGUUCCCACUGAGCUUGUGGAGAGAGAGUUCUGGAGGUUAGUCAGCAGUAUUGAGGAAGACGUGACCGUUGAGUAUGGAGCGGACAUACACUCCAAAGAGUUUGGCAGCGGCUUUCCAAUGAACAAUGGCAAAAGGAAGCUCACAAAGGAAGAGGAGGAAUAUGCCCGCUGUGGGUGGAACUUGAAUGUGAUGCCUGUGCUGGAGCAGUCACUCCUGUGCCAUAUUAAUGGAGACAUCUCUGGGAUGAAGGUGCCCUGGCUUUAUGUAGGCAUGGUGUUCUCAGCUUUCUGCUGGCACAUUGAGGAUCACUGGAGCUACUCCAUCAACUACUUGCACUGGGGUGAACCCAAGACUUGGUAUGGGGUUCCUUCUGUGGCAGCUGAGAGACUUGAGGAAGUGAUGAAGAAGCUGACGCCAGAGCUGUUUGAAUUUCAACCUGAUCUCCUGCACCAGCUGGUGACCAUCAUGAACCCCAAUAUCCUCAUGUCUCAUGGUGUACCGGUGGUACGUACCAACCAGUGUGCUGGUGAGUUCGUCAUAACCUUCCCCCGAGCCUACCACAGUGGCUUCAAUCAGGGAUAUAACUUUGCUGAAGCUGUAAAUUUCUGCACUGCCGACUGGCUGCCUGCUGGCCGUUCCUGUAUAGAUCACUACAGGCGUCUAAGGAGGUAUUGUGUAUUCUCCCAUGAGGAGCUCACCUGUAAAAUGGCUACCUGCCCAGAGAAACUAGACCUCAACCUGGCUGCAGCCACACACCGGGAAAUGUUUAUUAUUGUUCAGGAGGAGAGGAAGCUGCGGAAAAGUCUGAUGGAAAGGGGCAUUACUGAAGCAGAGCGUGAGGCAUUUGAGCUGCUGCCUGAUGAUGAGAGACAGUGUGAUAAAUGUAAGACCACAUGCUUCCUUUCUGCUCUGGCCUGUUCAAACUGUCCCGAGAGUCUGGUGUGUCUCUACCACACUCAGGAUCUGUGCAACUGCCCCACUGAUAAACUCUACCUCAGGUACAGAUACACCCUGGAUGAGUUGUUAGCCAUGUUACACCGGUUAAAAGUUCGGUCCGAGUCCUUUGAUUCGUGGGCCAACAGAGUAAAAGAGGCGCUUGAGCAGGAAGAAGGAAACAAGAUAGGAAUUAAUGAUCUGGAAAUGCUGAAGACGGAAGCUGUGGAAAAAAAGUUUCCCGACAACGAACUUCUGCGGAAACUCAACACUGUCCUUAAAGACGUAGAACGCUGCCAACAGACCAGCACUGAGCUCCUCACUAACUCAAAGACCAGUGAAAGUAAGAUGACUUUGGCCGAGCUGACAUCCUUGGUAGAGACGAUGCAGAACCUGCCCUGUGUGAUGAACCCGUUAAAGGAGGUGCAGGUGGUCCUGCAGACGGUGGAAGAUUUCCAGGGCCGGGCUCAAGUACUGGUCAAUGACAAGGACUGGAGGAGGGAUUCUCCAUCUCCUGAGCAGUUACAGACUUUGUUGGAGCAGGGGGCCAAGCUGCCUGUUGUGGUGCCGGAAUGUAAUUUACUCCAGGGCCUAAAGGAGCAGGGCCAUUGGUUGGCAGAGGUGAGGCGCACUCUGGGCACAGAAGGAGGUGAGAGGCAGGAGGUGACAUUGGAUGUGCUGAGGAACCUGAUGGAAGCAGGCUGCAACGUACCCCAGAGUGUGUCUGUGGAGACGGCCAUGGCAGAGCUCCAGGAGCUGCUCACAAUUGCAGAACGUUGGGAAGAGAAGGCGCAGAUCUGCCUUGAACAAAGGCAAAAACACCCUCUCUCUACCCUGGAGGCAAUAGUAAAUGAGGCACAGCUUAUUCCAGUCAAGCUACCUAACAUUCUGGCUCUACAGGGCUGUCUUGCGCGAGCACGGGCCUGGGUAACAGAUCUAGAGGAAAUCCAGAAUGGGGAGCAUUACCCAUGCCUGGACGACCUAGAGGGCCUGGUGGCUAUUGGACGGGACUUGCCAGUCUUCAUGGAGGAGCUAAGACAGCUGGAACUUCAGGUAGCCAGCGCUCACUCCUGGAGGGACAAGGCCAGCAAGACUUUCCUGAAGAAGAGCAGUCCACACAGUCUGCUAGAGGUAUUAUGUCCGUGUGCAAAAAGGAGAGAGAGGCGAGAUGAGAUGCAGAUGUUGGAUGAGCCUUUAGAUGACUCUGAUAACAACACUCUGGGCCUCUCUGCUCAGGACCUGAGGGACCCUGCAGCUAUUGUAAUGGCAUUCAAAGAAGGGGAGCACCAGGAGAAGGAGGCACUACUGAGGUUACAGAAAUUGAACAUGUGUAAAUCUGGAUUUCACACAAUAAGUUGCAAGGAGGACAAGGAGGACAAGGAGAACGGGAGGUGGGACGACUCCAUGGAGACAGACACAUCCAGCUACUCAGAGAACUCUGUAAAAGAGAACGGGAACAGUAACCACGCCUGUACCACCCCUCCUCAAUCAGUGUGUGUGUGUGCCGGUCCACCUCGAGCCCCUCAACUUCGCUGCCAUCUGUGUAAGGACUGGUUCCAUGGUGGCUGUGUUCCCUUCCCCUCCGUGCUCUCCUCCUCUGGACCAACAGUGAAUCCCCUCUGCUGGUGGGACUGGGACUCGCGCUUCUUGUGUCCGCGAUGCCAGCGGUCACGGCGUCCACGCCUGGAGACUAUCCUGGCGUUACUUGUUGCCCUGCAGAGGCUGCCAGUGCGACUGCCUGAGGGAGAAGCACUGCAGUGUCUCACAGAAAGGGCUAUCACCUGGCAGGGCCGAGCCAAGGAGGCACUGGAGACACCAGAGCUGCAGCAGGCACUUGAGAGACUGCAAGAACUCAAAGAGACUCUCCAUUGUGAAACAGAGAAAGAGGAAGACAUGAAAAAGGGGACAGAAGGGAGCUCAGUGAUAGUUUUAUCAGACUCCGAGGGAGGGGAAGGAGACGAGGGAGUCAUUGAUCUGACAGAGGAGAAUUCACCUAAAAAGACCACCAUGGAAAGCAACACCACCGAGGCUGGCUGUGAAAAUGGCAUCAGUAAGAAGUCAAAUGUUACAGGUGUGGGGUUUCUGCUGCCCCUGCUGCCUUUGCUAAAAGGCCAGGUAGUGGAGCUUUCACCAGCCACCAGAGUCCAACUGGAGGAACUGCAGCUGGAAGGAGAUCUGCUGGAGGUGUCCUUGGACCAGACGCUCCUCAUCCACAGAGUCCUGCAGGCUGCCUCUGCUCCAUCCAGAGAAACAUUGCGCACACUCAUUCAGAUUGAGCUUGAAGAGCAGAGGCGAACCAGCCGCGGACGAGCCAAGGACUCACGGAGGAAGAGAAAGGGCCACAGAGGUGGCAGUGGGGACGGGGCUGGAGAAAGGUCACUGGAUGCGUCAGAGUCAAAGAAAACCUGUCCCCUCAGCCACAGCCCCUCCCAUCACCUAUCUGUCCAGACCCAUCCAGAGACUUUGUGAUACACUCAACGCUGGAGAUCCGUUUAAAUGGAUCAGUUGGAUGAAUUGAAGGGACGGAGUGUUCUGUGCCAGAAGACAGUGUCAAGUUAUAGAAAGAUGCAGGACAUCCCCCCCCCCCAUAUCCUACGUCCCUUCUCAUCCCUUAUUCAUGCAUUCAGACACUAACAGAGCGAUGACUCCGCUACACUCCACUGUCCCACCCGAAACUCAGCCAUAUCUCCCCCAUGAUGUUUAUUUUUUCAGACUCGUUGUCUUACUUAAACUUUAUUGUCCACCUACCCUGGAUCCAUUUUUUCUGUGAACAUAUUAAGACUGUGUUGGACCGAUGUUGGUCGUACCGGAAUAGGAGUGUCUUUGGUCUUGAGCUGUCUCCGAGGUCAGUCAGUAUGCUACGUUAUCCAAACCGUAUUAAAUGCUAGUUCAUCCGAAACGUGUCUAAGCCCCCUCAUUGAAGUUGGAUAAGCUAUGGGUUUAUUUAGACUGUUCUGUUUGGGCAUGAAUCCUGAAGCUGAGGUACAGCAGAAAGUUUUGACAGCUGAUUUAAGACAACAGCACCGUGGUUACACUUGUAUUUUUUUAGUUGUAUUGAAUCUUGUGUUUGAUGCUGUUUUGAGGGGACAUGCAUAUUGAAUAAUUGGGAGUACAUUUUGGGAAGUGUUAAAAACAGGCAUUCAUGUUUUUGGUGCUACUUUCCCAAAAUGGAUAUCUGUACCUCUUGGAUUUGUCUUUCUCCCCCAUUCCCUCCCCUCCAUACCUUUUUUGUUUUGUUUUGUUUUUGUUUAGUUUUUUUUUUUUUUUUUAAAGCGCCCAUCCUUUUGACUCCCAUGUUUUAUUAUUUUCAAUCUGACCUCUUUUUCCCCUCCCUCGUUCUCUUGAAAAUUAAGGUAACUUCACUGUAACUCACUUUGUCACAAUUAUUUUGUUUCCUGGGUUCAAAUUAUAUUAUUAUUGAUAUUUCAGACACACAGUUGUUGUGAGUUUGUGUAUAAACUUUUCAUUUUAAUGUUGCCUUUGUUUCUUUUCACUCUUGUUAGAAAAAUAAAGGUUUAGAAUUGUUUAGGA